AUGCGUAGAAUUCUGUAAGUUGGAGUUAUUGGUUUGCAGAGCGUCGUCAUGUCGGGCCGUGGAAAGCAGGGUGGCAAAGUGCGGGCUAAGGCCAAAUCUCGCUCUUCUCGUGCUGGGCUGCAGUUUCCUGUGGGCCGCGUGCACCGGCUGCUGCGCAAGGGGAACUAUGCGGAGCGAGUAGGAGCCGGCGCGCCCGUUUACAUGGCUGCAGUGCUGGAGUAUCUCACCGCUGAAAUCUUGGAGCUGGCCGGUAACGCUGCCCGGGACAACAAGAAAACUCGCAUCAUCCCCCGGCAUUUGCAGCUGGCCAUCCGCAACGACGAGGAGCUGAACAAGCUGUUGGGGAAAGUCACCAUCGCGCAGGGUGGCGUUCUGCCCAAUAUCCAGGCGGUGCUGCUCCCCAAGAAAACCGAAAGCCACAAAGCCAAGGGCAAAUGAGCAGAGACCUCUCCCGUUUACUUGGAGCUGGUGUACUUGGUCACGGCCUUGGUGCCCUCCGAGACGGCGUGUUUGGCCAGCUCCCCGGGCA